AUGGCAAGCUUCGCAGCUGAAAUGCAGGGCGCAACUCCUCCUGUUCUUCCCCCCAAGCCUGGCAGCCAUGAGACGAGUCGCAUUGCGACACCGACCUCAUCAGGCGUGCCUCCACCAUCCGAAGGCCGCAUCCCUUCCAACACUGUAAACCACGCACCAGCAUCAAUUCCCGACCCAGGCGAGCAAUGGCUUCCUCAGAUUCUACAGGACAAGUCAAAACAAGACCUGGCUGAACUGCUUGGUAACCCAACUCUCCUCAACGCAUUAACGCACUCUCCUGAAUCCAUUCACCCUUCCCUGCUUGUGUCGCAUCAAGCUCUAUCCGCCGCCCUCAACGAAAACAUCGACCUAGCUGGCCAACUCACGGACAUGGAAGCUCGGCUAUCCCAUCAGCGCGCAUCGACACAGGCACAACUUCUCUCAACACACACACUCGAGCGACAAUGGCGCCAGAAGCAGUCUGACAUGGAUCACGCGCUGGCGCCUUUCUCACCAGCAGCGUUAUACCAGCAGCUGGGACAGGGCGUCCAGGAGCAGGCAUCGGUGUGCGAGGCUAUGGAGGAGAGUUUCCUCGACGGAGAGGGAGAAGGGGUAUCGGCGACGGAGAGGGAGGUUACUGAUUGGGUGCGUAAAUACAGAGAGGCUAAAGUCCAGUACUACUUGAGACAAGAGCGGAAAGAGAGAUGGGACGAGGGACGUGUCGGUGGAUGGAGAUGA